AUGAUCUUCUUCGGCCUUGGUGGUCUAUUCUACGUCUCCAUCCUUCUCAUCAACGCUAUAGCCAUUCUCUCCGAAGACCGCUUCCUCGCCCGCAUCGGUUGGGGCGCAUCCUCCGACCCCGGCUUCGGCGGCGCGCCAGACACGACGUCUGUGAAGGCGAAGAUUGUGAACCUGAUUGCGAGCGUGCGAACUCUGAUGAGAAGUCAGUCUCCCUCCUUUCCUUUGGUCCUGUCAGAUUAUCUUCUUGGUUAA